AGGUUCGGAUAUUGUGUCAAGGAACAGAGCAACAAUCAACUGCAGCAGUACUUCAAAGUUUUAAAAUCAAUAUCAUUAGAAGCUGUAACAUCGCGUCGAACAAAUUAAAACAGCAAAAGUAGUAACAACGACACGAUCGACGACGAUAUGGACCUCUAUCCGGUGCCCGAUAUUGGGCAUGUUUCUUUUUCCGGUCUAAGCGAACCUUGUUCCAUUGGUUCGAUCGUUGAAGUAGUGAUAAAUGCACACGGUGACUCAUCGGCUGGUUCUAUCCUUGUUGAAGCAAUUGCGCCUUCAGGAUGUAUUAAAAAUUGUCAAAUACUCAAGAAAGGCAGCGUUUUUACAGCUACUUUCACACCAAAUGAAGUUGGUAAAUGGCAAAUUGGUAUACUUUACGAUGGUGAUCACAUUCGAGGUUCUCCAUUUUCUUGUAAAGUGUACGAUGCCAAUCUUGUUCAGGUGUAUGGUUUGGAUGUAGGACUCGUUGGUCAGGAGCUCAAGUUUAGUGUGAAUGCAUCGCAAGCUGGUGAUGGUUUUCUCAAAGUUUCGGUAUUACGACACGGGCGAAGCAUGCCAUGUGAGGUGCUCGAACAGGGUAAUUCCGGUGUUUAUCGAAUCAGUUUUACUCCUGACGGUGCUGGACAAUACAAAAUUCAUGUCCUCUUUAACAAUAUGGAAGUUAAAGGUUCUCCGUUUAUCUUGGAUAUAGCAGAUGCAAGUUCAGUAUCUGUUUACGGUGAAAAUUUACGAAUUGCUUCAGUUGAUCGACUUAAUACCUUUUUUAUUCAUGCAAUUGGUGCUGAAUGUAAGGAUAUCACCGUUACUAUUACUGCACCUUCCGGAAAAUCGAAACGAGCGCGAGUUUAUCAAGCUGACGACGUAACUUACAAAGUAGAGUGGAAACCUGUUGAAACUGGUGAGCAUUCUAUCGAUGUACGACUCUUCAAUCAGAGCGUGUACGAAAGCCCAUUUGUAUGUAAUGUCGGUGAUCCGGAUUUGGUUACCGUCCGGAAUAUGCCAGAAUUUUUCAAUGCCGACGAACUUUUCAGAGAUUAUACUUUUGAAAUUGAUGCAAGUGCAGCAGGAUCUGGCAAUUUGGAAAUUAUGAUAAACGGUGGUCGUGUGGCGUGUCGUGUACGUGAACUGGGUGGACGACAUUACUUAGCUUCAUUCACUCCCACUCAGGCAAUAACACACAUUGUUGAAAUGCGAUUUAAUGGUGAAAAUGUCAGGAUGUCACCAUGGAAAAUUCAGGUCAGAGGUUCUCAGCAUCAGAUAAAUGCAGAUUAUGAGGUAGAAGAACGAAUGAUACGAAGUAUCGAAAGUAGACGAGUUGAGCGAACCGAAUCCUGGUAUACAGAAUUAGCCGGAAUAGGACUGCAACGUGCUUCUGUUGGUAAAUCUACUACAUUCGAAAUAGUCGGUGAUGGUCCUGAUGGUAUCGACUUACCUAUAAGUGUUCAUCGACGAAGUGACAACAAGCUCAUCUGUGAAUAUGUUAUUAAUAAGGUUGGUGACCACCAUCUGGAAAUGGUAAUUUGUGGCAAGAAAAUCGAUCCAUACCCACUGACUAUUUCCGGAUAUUCCGCUGAAAGUGUAAAAAUUGAACCUCUUGGUGGUGGUACACCUGGACAACCUGUGCAGUUUAUUGGUGAGCCUUAA